UGGCGACUAUAAAACCUCAUCGUAAUCCGUCUGAUGUCGUACUUCUAAGCACUACAGGAUAGGACGAACUCUUAUCACGUGUCUUUUCGAAGAUCAAAGUGGACCGUGAUUGAAUAUUACUUUUAAAAAAUCGUGUCGUGCCUGGUGGCUUCGUGACUAAUUAAAGGAUUUUCAACCUUUGCUAUUGCGUAGUCAUCAUGAAGAUUUUUGUCUUUUUGGGAUUCACAACGAUGGUCUGUGCACAAUUCAACAGAUACCCAUACAACCCUGACUACUACGGUCGACGUUUCGCUAUAUUACGACAGUCACAAGAUUCUUCUCCCGAUGGAUCGUAUUCCUACAGUUACGAUACAGAAAAUGGUAUAUCCGUAGCAGAACAAGGCGUUCCAAAGUUUAUUGGACCAAAUCAAAUUGAAUCUGUACGAGGACAAUUUAGUUAUACCGCACCAGAUGGUACACCGAUUUUGGUUACUUACACUGCUGACGAGAAUGGUUUCCAACCUAAUGGUGCUCAUUUACCAACACCACCACCGAUUCCAGUAGCGAUACAACGUGCUUUGGCUCAUAACGCGGCUCACCCUGAAGAAGAAGAACCCUACAGAAGAUACUGAUCAAGAUGAGACACGUACUAGCUACCGCAAGCUCAUGUGUAAUAAACUGGAACAAUACAACAUAGACGAAAGAAGAGUUUUACAACCGUAAGCGAUAAUCCUUGAUAAAUUUCUGACAUGCGAUAUCCGAAUGUGUGUGCAUUCCCGUAAAUUCAGUAUAUUCAAUCUUUGCGAUAGCAUUCUCAAUUAUUAUUCUAUCGUGUUUUAAAUAUAAGAAAACUGAUUGAGAUUUGUCGUUAUAAUUUCAAAUUCAUAACAAGUGAUUAAGUUUCGAUACAAUGAUCUUAAAAUACUUCUAAUUAAAAUUGUGCAUUUCAAAAUAUCGAUAGUUAAAAUAAGAUUCUUGUUAAAACAUUAUUAGGAGGUUGUUUACUGAAUUUAUGCAAUUUCGUAAGAUCUCGUGUCAUGAACGACAUUUCCAGUUGUGCAUCAAAAUAUUAAAUACACUUUCUAUGUUGUAUUGUCUAAUAUCGUUCGAAUCUACUGAUCAUAUUGACCUUGUUCUAAAUGCCUGCCACGAACAUCAUGUACUAGAAUGUCGCUUUAUAAAUCCUAAUAUGAAAAGACUACUGCUAAUCUUAGUAAACUUGUAUUUUCUACGUUCUUCAAUCUCGUUUAUUAUACGUUAUUUCUUUGCACGUAAUACAAGUAACUUUUAUAAGUGUACUAUUUUUAUGUAUACCGACAAAGGUGCAAAGAAAAUGACGAAAUAAAAGAAUUAUGGAAAA